AUGUGGACGAAUAUCUGUGUGAUUGGCAUUCUGUCUGUGAUUGGAAUUAGUGCACAUUCUGUUUCCGACGAAGUUUUGCCAUGGUCCUUGGGAAAAGCCCUGCACGCGAAGAAACUGCCGUAUGCGUACCGUGCAUCGUAUAACUGCAAAAAUAUAGGCCAUUUUCCGGAUGUCCACAACUGCAAGCGAUUUUAUCAGUGUAACAGCUUCUUCGGACUACCUUUUGUUCAAAAUGUUUUUGAGUGCGAGAAUAAUCUGGUAUUCUCGAUCAGCACAGAAACCUGUGUAACGCCCGAACAGAGCGGCAGAUCGGAAUGCCAGAAAAGAGUUGCACCACCCGCAAAAGGGAAACCACAACCGCCGGCUUCGCUUCAGAAACCACUGAAGGAUACUAAAGCACCACCUACAAAAGCAAAAUUAAAAUCAACACCAACGCCAAAACCACAAUCACAAACAUCUAGAAAACCGCUAAAGAAGACUGCUAUACCACCGUCCCCACAACCUUCUCCGUCAUCUUCACCACCAUCUCCAAAACCGCAACCAGAACCUCAACCGCUGCAUUCAUUAAUUUCCCAACCGCCACAGGAUCCUCUAACCCCAGCUGAACUGCAACCGAAAGACGAGUCAAAACCAGGGCCGAAACCAGAAACAUCGUUGCUCAGUGUCACUGAACCGCUCGCACAAUGGCAUCAAGCUUCAAAACCCAACUCUGCAAUUUUGAAACCCAACGGCACAGCUCUGGAACCCAAUGCCACAACUGUGAAACCCACUGCCAAAACUUUAGAAUCCACCGCCAUAACUUUGAAGCGCAAAGGCCUAACACCGGAACCUAUCGCCACAACUUUGGAAUCAAUCGCCAAAACUUUGAAACCUACCACUACAAUUUUAAAACCCAACAUCACAGAAGAUACACCUCAAACAAUUUUGCAAAUUAACAAAUCUACAGUUGGAACCUCGAAUCCAAACAUCACAAAAGACAUACCGGAACAAACUCCUGAAAUCGAGAAGCCUGUCAUUCCUGAUACGAAACCCAACGUGACAAAAGGGCUCUUUGGACAAAUUUCUAAAGCUGUGGAAACCGUCGACGUAACUUCGCAACCCAGCAUCACAGAAAACAUAUCUGAACAAGUUCCUGAAACCGAGGGAGCCAUCGUCGCAACUUCCAAACCCAACAUCACAGAGGGUAUAACUGAACAGAACCCUGAACUCGAUAAACCUAUCGUCGCAGUUGUGAAACCAAAUAUCACGAAAAAGAUAGUUGAAAAAAUUCCUGAAAUUGUGAAAUUUACCGUCAAAACUACGCCACCCACAAUCCCGGAAGACAUACGUCAACAAAUUCCUAAAAUCGAUAAACCUGUCAUCGCAACUUCAACACCUACAGCCAUAGAGAGUAUAUCUGAACAAGUUCCUGAAAGCGAGAAACCCGUCAUUUCAGAUAUUAAACCCAACGUCACAAAAGGGCUAUUUGGACAAAGUUAUCAAACUGUGCAAUCUGCCGUCAGAACUUCGACACCUAUCAUUACAGACGAGCUACUUAAAGAAAUUACUGAAAUUGAAGAACACGCCACCGGGACUUUGAAAUUGAAUGUUACAGAGGGCGUACGUGAACAAAUUCCUGAAAUUGAGCAACUUGUCGACAGAACUUCGGAGCCCAACAUCACAGAGGAAAUAUCUGAAAAAAUUCCUAAAAUUGAGGAUGCCGUUGACGGAAAUUCGCAACCUAACAUCACAGAGGCCAUAACUGAACAAGUUCCUAAAUCUAAGAAAGCCGACGAAGGAACAUCGAUUCUCAACACCACAGAGGGAAUGUCUGAAAAAAUUCCUAAAAUUGAGGACGCCGUUGACGGAAAUUCACAACCUAACAUCACAGAGGCCAUAACUGAACAAGUUCCUAAAUCUAAGACAGCCGACGACGGAACAUCGAUUCUCAACACCACAGAGGGAAUGUCUGAAAAAAUUCCUAAAAUUGAGGACGCCGUUGACGGAAAUUCACAACCUAACAUCACAGAGGCCAUAACUGAACAAGUUCCUAAAUCUAAGAAAAUCGACGACGCAACAUCGAUUCUCAACACCACAGAGGGAAUGUCUGAAAAACUUCCUGAAAUUGAGGAAGCCGUCGACGGAAAUUCGCGACCUAACAUCACAGAGGGCAUAUCUGAACAUAUGCCUCAAUCUGAAGAAGCCAUCAACGCAACUUCGAACCCCAACAUCGCAGAGGGAAUAACUGAACAGAGUCCUCAAUCGAAAGAAGCCACCGACGAAACUUUGAUCCCCAACAUCCCAGAGGGAAUAUCUGAAAAAAUUCCUGAAACUGAGAAAGCUGUCGAUGGAACUUUAGCACCUAACAUCACAGAGGACAUAUCUGAACAGAUUCCUCAAUCUGAAGAAGCCAUCAACGCAACUUCGAACCCCAACAUCGCAGAGGGAAUAACUGAACAGAGUCCUCAAUCGAAAGAAGCCACCCACGAAACUAUGAUCCCCAACAUCCCAGAGGGAAUAUCUGAAAAAAUUCCUGAAAUUGAGAAAGCUGUCGAUGGAACUUUAGCACCUAAUAUUACAGGGAGCAUAUCUGAACAGACUCCUCGAUCUAAAGAAGCAGACCACGAAACUUCGAUGCCCAACAUCACAGAGGGAACAUCUGAAAAAAUUCCUGAAUUUGAAAAAGCUGUCGAUGGAACUUCGGAGCCCAACAUAAUAGAAGGGCUAUUUGGAGAAAUUAUCGGAUCGGAGAAACCUGCAGUCGGAACUUCGAACCCCAAAAUCACAGAGGGUAUAUCUGAAAAAAUUCCUGAAAUUGAGAAAGCUGUCGAUGGAACUUUAGCACCUAAUAUUACAGGGAGCAUAUUUGAACAGACUCCACGAUCUAAAGAAGCCGACCACGAAACUUCGAUGCCCAACAUCACAGAGGGAAUAUCUGAAAAAAUUCCUGAAAAUGGGAAAGCUGUCGAUGGAACUUCGGAGCCCAACAUAAUAGAAGGGCUAUUUGGAGAAAUUGUUGGAUCAGAGAAACCUGCAGUCGGAACUUCGAACCCCAACAUCACAGAGGGAAUAUCUGAACAGUCUUCUCAAUCUAAAGAAGCCACCCACAAAACUAUGAUCCCCAACAACCCAGCGGGAAUAUCUGAAAAAAUUCCUGUAAUUGAGAAAGCUGUCGAUGUAACUUUAGCACCUAACAUCACAGAGGGCAUAUCUGAACAGACUUCUCAGUCUAAAGAAGCCAACCACGAAACUUCGAUGCCCAAUAUCACAGGGGGAAUAUCUGAAAAAGUUCCUGAAAAUGGGGAAGCUGUCGAUGGAACUUCGGAGCCCAACAUAAUAGAAGGGCUAUUUGGAGAAAUUGUUGGAUCGGAGAAACCUGCAGUCGGAACUUCGAACCCCAAAAUCACAGAGGGUACAUCUGAAAAAAUUCCUGAAAUUGUGGAAGCUGCCAAAGGAACUUUAGCACCUAACAUCACACAGGGAAUAUCUGCACAGACUUCUCAAUCUAAAGAAGCCGACCACGAAACUUCGAUACCCAACAUCACAGAGGCAAUAUCUGAACAGACUCCUCGAUAUAAAGAAGCCGACCACGAAACUUCGAUGCCCAACAUCACAGAGGGAAUAUCUGAAAAAAUUCCUGAAAGUGGGGUAGCUGUCGAUGGAACUUCGGAGCCCAACAUAAUAGAAGGGCUAUUUGGAGAAAUUGUUGGAUCGGAGAAACCUGCAGUCGGAACUUCGAACCCCAAAAUCACAGAGGGUACAUCUGAAAAAAUUCCUGAAAUUGUGGAAGCUGCCAAAGGAACUUUAGCACCUAACAUCACACAGGGAAUAUCUGCACAGACUUCUCAAUCUAAAGAAGCCGACCACGAAACUUCGAUACCCAACAUCACAGAGGCAAUAUCUGAACAGACUCCUCGAUAUAAAGAAGCCGACCACGAAACUUCGAUGCCCAACAUCACAGAGGGAAUAUCUGAAAAAAUUCCUGAAAGUGGGGUAGCUGUCGAUGGAACUUCGGAGCCCAACAUAAUAGAAGGGCUAUUUGGAGAAAUUGUUGGAUCGGAGAAACCUGCAGUCGGAACUUCGAACCCCAAAAUCACAGAGGGUACAUCUGAAAAAAUUCCUGAAAUUGUGGAAACUGCCGAAGGAACUUCGGCAUCUAACAUCACAGAGGGCAUAUCUGAACAUAUGCCUCAAUCUGAAGAAGCCAUCAACGCAACUUCGAACCCCAACAUCGCAGAGGGAAUAACUGAACAGAGUCCUCAAUCGAAAGAAGCCGCCCACGAAACUUCGAUCCCCAACAUCCCGCAGGGAAUAUCUGAAAAAAUUCCUGAAUUAGAGGAAGCUAUCGAUGGAACUGUGGCACCUAAUAUUACAGGGGGAAUAUCUAAACAGACUCCUCAUUCUAAAGAAGCCGUCUACGAAACUUCGAUCCCCAACAUACCGGAGGGAAUAUCUGAAAAAAUUCCAGAAAUGGAGAAAGCUAUCGAUGGAACUUUAGCACAUAAUAUUACAGGGGUAAUAUCUGAACAGAUUCCUCAAUCUGAAGAAGCCAUCAACGGAACUUCGAACCCCAACAUCGCAGGGGGCAUAUCUGAACAGACUCCUCAAUCUAAAGAAGCCGUCCACGAAACUUCGAUCCCCAACAUCCCGCAGGGAAUAUCUGAAAAAGUUCCUAAAAUUGAGGAAGCCGUUAACGGAACUUCAAAACCCAACAUUACAGAAAACAUAUCUGAACAAAUUCCUGAAAUGGAGGAGCCUGUCAUUGAAACUUCGCAACCUAACAUCACAGGAGUACUAUAUGAUGAUGUUGCUAAAGCGGGGAGAGAGAAUGCCACGAAUGUUGCGUUAUCGAUAACCCCGGUUUCCUUGCCCAAGGGAAUCAAUGAACAACAAGAUUGUGUCAAAGAGGGUUUCUUCCCUGAUUCCGAGGAUUGUUCGAAAUUUUAUAGAUGCGUACUAUACGGAGAUUCGUUGGUUAGGUACCAGUUCUCUUGUCCCUUUGGAACGUUUUGGGACGAUCAGCUGGAAACUUGCAAUUUCCCAAAGAGAAUUAAGUCCAAGGGUUUAUGCAAACGUCGGAUGUACGCUGCAUCGCUAGUACCUGAAUUUUCAAAGUUCAAAAUUGAAGACAGUCCUGAUAUUGGCAAUCUAAGCGUAGAUAGGUUCUGUGUCAUUUGUCCAAGUGGUUUUCGGCGACAUCCGAAUUUCUGCAAUAUAUUUUAUCAGUGUGUUAAUAACGACGAUAUGAUGGUGAAUAUUAUACCGUUUGCGUGUCCAAGAGGCUCCGUCUUUGACGAGGAAAAAUUGUUGUGCUCAUCAGGAACAGACGAUUGCGCGAAAGUUUCACUUCACAAACUGCCUGAUUCGAUUACAAUCAUAAACCGCUUAAAUGAGGCAUUAUGUACAAGCGAGGGUCGGUUCCCAUAUGAUGAACCUUGUUCGAGCAAAUAUUUCAAAUGUAUACGUAACGAACGAGGAGCACUCGAAGGAUAUCUACUAGAUUGUCCGUCGAAAUAUGCGUACUCACCAGUUUCGGGUAAUUGCGUACCUUCAGAGACAUAUCCAUAUUGCGCAAACUAUUAUUAAAUUAACGAUAAUAUUGAAUCUUAAUCACUUUUUAAUUUUACACUUGUCGCAAUUUGGUGAUUGCUGUAACGUGUUGGAGUUUAAAAAUAUCU